UAACAAAGGAAUUAAAAAACUCAGUCCAGGUUUUUUUUGGCAAAGUAGUGCUCUCUACAAGUUUGCCAGGUUUUCAUCUUCCUUUCAAGACUGGUUUGCGCUGGUAAACUUCGCACGCUUUCUGUUCAGCCUCUAUCGGACUUAUCAUUCGCUAGCAUUGGAGCUAGGCCCAAAUUGGGUUGCAUAAGUGUUUUGGAGUGAAUUGGAGUUUUUUAUCGAAAGGGUAAAGAGAGUUUUGAGUAGUCGUUCACGCUAGUUACUUGAACAGUUGAAAGUCUUCAUUCAGCGGAAAAGUCCCUCAUGAGCCGGCGGAACGAACCCUCCCACCUUUUUCACUCAAGAGACGCAAUGUAUAUUGGAAUGUCCAACUGAUGAGACAUCUAAAAAGAGCAAAGUCCUACCAACACCAUACGGCAAGCUACUAUCAACGAGAACAAUACUCUUGCAACCAAGACCAUUAUUUAUCUCGAAGCAUUGCUCGCACAACACUUUCGCAAGCCUCCUCUGUGCAGUCGAGUCAGUUGCGUUUAACUGAUUCUGGUGGCUUGACAGCAUAAGACAGCCUAAAGACUGAGGACUGUAACGGUAUUAUACCGCUAUGUUUAGUGGGCAGCUUCACGAGCUCUUCCUACAUGAAGUAUGUGCCCUUGGGGAUGCCGGCAAGCUAGAGGAGCUUGGAAGUUUUGUGCGCAAGAGCAAACUGGAUGUGAAUAUCAGAGACGAGGACUGGAAAAAUAAGACGGCCUUGCACUGGGCAGCGGGCAAGGGUCACGCAAGAUGCGUUAAACUACUGCUUGAGUACGGUGCGAACCCGGGCGCCAAGAUGGUGGGGGGCUGGACCCCAGCGCACUGCGCAGCAGAGACUGGGCGCUACAACGUGCUUAAAGUACUAGUGGACCAUCAUGCACCGGUGACCCUUCCUGAUGACUCCGGGGACACGCCCAAGCGGGUAGCCGAGAUCUACGGGCACACAGAUUGCCUCGAGCUGCUGUGCAGCGCGGAAACCAACGAGAAUCAAAGAAAGCAUUUCGUUAAAGACAAGUUUCGUAGUCAGACACGCAAGAUUUCCCGUAUGGUGGACACCAAAGAUCAGCAAGCGCCGGCUGUGCUGGACUAACAUAAUGAAUAUUGAACGGUAAUGAAGCUGUGCACUGCAUUGAAUGAAAUGUAUGGAGUUAUCGACAGGAUACCGUGUGACUAGUUUUUGUGCUAAGUGUGCCAACAGCCAAACUGGAUAAACCUUUUAAUUGACGGUAGACCACGUAUGUAAAGGUAUAAUGUCUAAAAAGAAAAUGGCAAAAAUGGGGAAGCGCUUUGUUGUACAAAAGGACCUUAGGGAAAGCAGCUCUGGAACACUCUUCUUCGUUUGAAUUCGCGAAUUUAAGGCACGAAGGAGGGAGAGUGGCCGAGAAGAAAGCAUCUGUCACAGUCUGGCCAGUCGACCAAUACAAAAGAAAUGUUUACGAUCCAUUUCGUAGCAGGAUGAAAUAUGGCGUGCAAACAACAUAUUAUUGCUGGGCCCAGGAUGUAUGUUAGUAGUUAUGAUGGCGGUUUAUACUCGACUCUGAAAAAGCAUUAAUUAUGAAAGUGCCUAAAAAGUAAACGGAAAGUAAUAUAAAAAAAAAAAACUUUAAAAAGAGAUAUUAUUGUGCGCCCAUACAUUACCUGAAACACUCCUACACUAGACAAAAACAAUUAUCCCUCCUUACAGUGGUUUAUUGAGAUGAUGUUGUAGUUCAAUGUUACAGUUUGAAAAUGACCUCAUGUUCAUGCAUAGGACGGCGCGCACUAAACACUGCUUAGUGUACACGAGCCAUUUUUUAUACGUGACACGCAUUAGAAAUGUGCGCACCAAAACACUGGUCUUAGGACCACUUCGCGUUUACACGAUCCAUUAUGCAUAAGACUUCACGCAUUAUAACACUGUUCUUAGGACCACUUCGCCUUAGUGUACAUGACCCAUACUUUACAAGUGACGCAAGUUCAUGCAUUAGACUUCGCGCAUUAUAACACUGUUUUUAGGACCACUUCGCGAUAGUUUACAUGAGCCGUACUUUACAAGUGACGCAAGUUCAUGCGCAGAAAAAACUUACUCCCGUGACCACCAAGUUGGAGGAAAAAACUGAGGACUAGGGACCAGUCCUGCGAUCGUGUUGUCCGCGAGGAAUUGAGGACCAAGCACUAACCAAGGACUAGUCCCAUUUGUUGGCGGUGAUGUCUUAAAAUACAUCCCCUCUCCCUUAUGGUACAAUUAGAUAGGAAGCUGUUUUGAGACUGUUUAGAAAUGAUAACAGUGAAGAGUUAUAAAGGGAUACUAGUAAAAAAAAUACAGAAAGUCAUAACACGUGGUAAUUUUUUUUAUAUCAAAACAGAUUGUUUGACUUAGAACCACUCUAUUCUAUAUAUGUAUGUAUCCACCAAAAAUAAAAUAAAAUAAAAAUUAACUGUCAAA